GAGCCAAAGCGAAGCGGGCAAGAUGCUGCGGCUCGCGCUGCGCCGCCCGCUUGUGGGGCUGCGCGGGGCUGGCAGCCCGCAUCGAUCUGCGCUACUGCGUCCUUCGGUCUGCAUCGCCUCCACCUCCUCCUCAUCCUCUUCCACCUCCUCCCCAGCCCCCAUCGCGUCACAGGACAACGGAUUCGCCCGUGGCCGCACAAUCUACCGCGUCGAGGGCGACGGCUCGCAGCGAUUCCACGUGGAGAAGACCAGGGGAGCGCUGGGGCUAUGGACCCACAAGGCCGAAGGACUCCGCAGUGCCCCCACGAGUCUCGCCGCGGCGCGACGCACGGGCUCGUGGCUCUACGACGUGUUGUGGGACCUGUUCCUGCCCAAGGACGCGCGCGCGUCGCUCACCAAGGACUACUUCCCGUACGCCAAGUGGAGCUUCGUGGGCUCCGUGGCCUCCUGCGCAGCCAGCGUGCUGUCCAUGCAGUCGCUGCUGUACGCCAUUGGACUCGGAGCUGGAGCCAUCCCCACAGCUGCAGCGGUGAAUUGGGUGCUCAAGGACGGACUGGGCCAGUUCGGAGGCGUACUCUUCGCUAGUAUCGUCAACAACCGGUACGACGCAGACCCGAAGCGUUGGCGCGUGGCGUCGUCCGUGGCGCUGGAUGUGUCGGUGCUCGGGGAGAUCUUGACGCCGUUGGCGCCCGGCAGCUUCCUUGCCAUUGCAUCGCUGGCCAAUGUGGCCAAGAACGUGGCGUGGCUUAGUGCCAGCGCUACGCGCGCGGGGUUCCACAACUCGUUCGCGAUUCGGGAGAACCUGGCGGAUGUGACGGCCAAGGCGGGGUCUCAAGCCAUUGCGUCCUCGAUCUUUGGCACCGGGCUGGGCAUCUUGAUCUCGCAGUUCACAGGCUCGUCGACGCUGAACGUGGCGGCGGCGUUUGCUGUGCUCUCGACGGUGCACCUGAUCAGCACGUACAAGUCCGUGGACUGCGUGCAGCUGCGCACGCUCAACUGCCAGAGACUGCAUAUCGAGCAUGCAACGAGCCAGGACGCGCUUCGAGCUCAUUUGCACGCUGUUCUCCUCCAGUUGGCUCUCGAAGAUGCUUCUGCUCCACCGACGAGCGCAUGGGACCUCGUGGGGGAGAAGUACAACGAGGCUCUAGCAUUAAACGACGAGUUCAUCUCCAAGCUGGAGUCCUCCAUGUGGCACACAGACAACCUUCUCGUCGAAGAGCGGAACUCGCGCUACAAGUGGUUAGCUUGAGAAGCACAAAACGGGUGGAUGAAUAGACACAAUAUUCAACGGCG